AGUUCAAAGUUUUUUAUUUUGAUUGAUAUAACCCUAAAUUUAGGUGUAGACGUAACACUUUGACAUUGUUUCACAUCUUCAUCAACCCUUUUUCCUUCAUCUUAAAUUGUGUAUUUAUCCCAAUUUUUUCUACAAAAUAAACAUCAUAUUCAUACCGUAGGAUCUUCGAUACAAAAUUCGAUUCCGACUAUUUUAAUUCAGGGGACAAGAAGGAAGAAAAAUCGAGGGAUCUCCAAAUUCAGAGCUUAAACUGAGAGAGAGCACGAUCUUAAGGCAAGUCUACAAUGGGGAGAGCAUAAUUUUUCUGGAGUGGAAGAGGAGAAAGAAAUUUUGGGAUAUGAAUGCUCUGUAAUACCCCCAUCAAACGGUGGUUGGAACGAAGAUAAUGUCGAAACUUUUUGGGAAAAUUGCUGCUUUCUUCAGCAAUAGAACUCUGGUGGGAGUGGACAAAGCGGGAAACAGAUACUUCUUCGUAAAAGAAGAAAUAGAUGGUAUAAGUAAUGAAAGAGAAGAGAUGGGUGCUAUUUAAGGGUGAGGAUGAUCCAACGUCAAUUCCAGUGGAGUGGAUAUGUUGGUUAAAUGGGCAGCGUAAAAAGGCUCCAACCCCAGAGGAAAUGAGGGAGCUAGAAGCUAGGCGUGAACGUGUACGACAAAAUGUUGCUCUUCUCAAGAAAGAAGAGAUGGAAAGAAACUCUAAAGAAGGCAAUUUACGGAAAAUCAUCAGCACCGGUCAAGUUAUGGGUCCUGACUUGAAAAGCUUUAUCCGACAGGUCCCAACUGGUUCAGAAGGUGCCCAAGAUGUGGAAGGAUUGCCUACAAGGGAUAGCCUGAGGAACUCAAACGAAAAGGAGGCAGAUCAAGAGAAACCAAUUCCCGAAAAAAAGGAAAACAACAAAGUGCCUAUUGAAUACCAAAAAGUUCCCAUUCUUUCAUAUUCAGGUCCUCCGAGCCUGUUGGGUCUGGCCAUACAUUUAAACCAGGAACAUGGCAGCCACCAACAUGAAUGGUGAUUGCCCUUCAAGGAGAACUCGCGAACAUUAAAGCUAGCAGUUCGUUCUAUUCCCAACAAUUUGGUAAGCUUCUGAGUUCCGAUUCCUUACCUUCUACUUUUUCUGAGGACAUGCCCUUCUACUUGACUGUAUCAGAUCCUGCCCUCGGAAGGUCUAAAACAAGAUUGUCACUCUGCAUUGCCUUGGUUUUCAAAUGGUCAUAUGUAGUAUUUGUCUGAUGAAAAGCAGUUGUUACUUAAAUUUUAUGUAGUAAGUUCAAUAAGUAUCCUUAUAGAAUACUUGUGACAGUUUUGACCUCCCCCAUUCUAUCUAGAGGCUGAGAAAAGUAACUUGCAAUUGUCGGUAGCAGCAUUCCCUUGGAAGAUUCACUGUGGGAUUGAUAUCAUUCCUGUUGGUUAUGAUUUGAUUUGUAAAACAUUUUAUCCCAGAUUGGUUGGAAUUCAUUGUAAUAAUGUUUUCAGGCUCAGCUAGAGGGAUUAAUAAUGUUGAUGCAUUCGAUAUUUUGUUGUGUGCUCCUGCUACUAACAUUUGUGGGGGUAUAAGGAUAGAAAUGGGAAGCCUGAGAACAUGAUGUUAGGGCAUAGGAAUAGGAUUAAUGUGUGAUUGUUUAGGCCUUUGAGAAUGAGAAUUUUGGAGAUUUUUAUUUCA